AUGGGAGCUAACCUGCUGACGCACUUCAUUUCGCUCGCGUGAUUCAGGAGGUUGCAUGUCUGCCGUACAUUCCCCAACUACCGGUACAUGGUCGAUGUUACUCUAGCAUCGAGACGCUGACGCUCGCCAGGUGGUGUUGAGCCGGAACACUGAAUAGCCGAACUCUCUCAUCGCACAGCUCGUGAAAAGGUCUACCAGCUCCUUCCAAUCGAUCUCGAGAAAACGACACUAAUUACGCCGAUAAUAAACGUAGGCUACAAAAUGAAAAUGGCAACUGGAGAGAGAGCGACGAACGAACUGUCAGACAUUGCCAAGGGUUUGAAACCCGGCCCGCUUGGAAAGGAUGACGAUUCGUCGAAGAUAACAGCUAAUGAUUCGAAUUCAAACGCGGGAAACCCUCUUGACGCCGGUGGAGUAACAGACGAGGAUAUUAAACAAAAUCCGGAAAAGUUUUUUGAAUCUUUGUCAAGUAAAAUCGAAGAUCAACUGCGAAUGCUUGAAUGGGAAAUGACGUCGAGUUUCCAAGAAAACGCUAUUUCAGAUUUCCUUGGUAACAGUCUGUAUGACGACGAUACGUUUGAUCAAGAUAUUUCCGGAGGUUAUUUUGAAAUCGGGAAAACAUACGAUGGGUGUCCAAAAGCCAAUCGUACGACUGCGCAGGAUGGCUCUGGACAGAUUUCGCGGGAAGAUAUUUCGGCAAGAUCAUCCAUUUCCUCGAUGUCGUCCAUUUUCGAUGACAACGAUAAAAGGUCUGACAUUGGAGCAGACGGCGACGUGGAGAACAACACGUCUGAGUCGUCACGGUCCGCUUCCUGUGAUUCAGGAAAUGGUGGCAUUCUCGCUGCCAGCAUCAUGCUAGUCGAAAAUGACCAGCGUCAAAAACGAAAUGUUGACUGUUUCAUUUCGGAGUUGGUAAAUUCGAUAAUGCGGGACAUUUCGACCAUUUUCUCGGACGACCAUGAUGCCAAUUUGUGGACGCGAGCAUACGACACCAGCAUCGUUACCACCGUGUCAACCUCGUACAACCAAUACCAUAACGAAACAGACAAAAAUAUCACGCCGGAUUCACGUCAUGUUCUCUUUUCGAAAACAUUCAGUGGAGAGCAAGUGACCUUUUCUGACGACCGCUGGUUCCCACAUGAGAACAUGUUUCAGUUUCCUCUCGCUGUGAACCAUCGCCUACAAGAUCAGGCGUAUGGUUCUGCGAGUACCGUUAGGAGGCGCUCACACAGGCGGGAUGCGGGGUCGGCUCGAUCAGAUGAACCAGAGCGGAGGAUAUUCCACCGAGCCAGAUAUCAGAUGCACGACAUACAACACGAGUUGAGGCGCUUGAGUUGGCGUUUACAUGAUAUAAAGGACGACAGGGCAGAGAGUUCAGACGCUGCCGAGAACUGAGCAAUGGCUCGAGGUCGAUAGUAAAAUAAUUGCGCUCAGCUUAUUCUCUGGUCUUGACACGUGCAAACAUCUAUAUACAAGGCAGCCAUCUUAAUUUUUAAGGAUGACAAUAUCCAGGGACUGUCGUUUCCGGGUCAUGCACAGUUUGAAUAAAUCGACCUGGUUAAAAUCAUUCGUGAUACCCUGCAUUUGUGGUACCAGUGAAACCAGUUCCGCAGUAGGCCUAUCGUCAAAUAGUUUAUGGACAUCUAUCUGCGAUUCAGUCACCUCUUGUCUAUUUGAUCGAUCGAGAGACUCCCACUGGCGGAUUCCACAGCACGAACUGCAGUUUCGUUCUGUGCAUAACGUCUCCUGAGUUGGUUUUAAGCUUAACAAUAUCACGGCCGAAGACGCACUCGAAAGACAUGUGCGUGACGUUAUACGGCAAGGCACGGAUGUAUAAAAAUCCAUUUCUGUUUUGUUAUGUUAGUCGAUAUGCCGCCGGUCUUGAAAUCAACCAAGAGAAAGUUCGAAGAGGAAUGUACUGUUAAUUAGAAUUGUUUUCUUCAAGUAGGAACAUGCUGUAUAAAAUGACAAGCGGAUAUUAGAAAUAAAUGUUUUUUAACUAUGUUUUUUGGGCCAACGAAAUGCACCCCGUGGAGAUUUUUCGGUAAAAUGAUAAACCCCGUUCGUUUAUUUGUCUUGAUCUUAUACCAGUCACUAUAUGUCAGCCUGUGUAUCUUUUACCUUCUCUUUGAUUUAUUCGAAAUUUAUUCUUCCAGUGCACCCGGCAUGACACAAAAACAGUUUCUUCCUGUUUAAUAGAACUGGUGAUUUGCAGCUGAUUCAGUUCCACGUUAAUUUCAUAAAACGAGGCCAGAUAUAUUGAAUCGUAACACCGAUUUCGAUGUGCUACACGCAACGGGAGUGAUAUAAGUCCGUCCUCUCGAAUAACAGUUGGACUCCCUGGGCACGGUCCAUCACGUCAUUUUAAUUUUGUCUCCUUAUGGUGAGGAACGAGGCCGGUGCACUGCGUCUGGAGUGUAAGAACAACCAAGGUCGGACAUGAUGGCGGUAGGAUUCCACGUUGUUGCUCUGCUGUCGUUUUUGUUGCCAGGCCCUGCAUUCCCCUUGGUUUGGAAAAGAGGGUUUUUUUUGUCUCGAGAGGACGAGUAUGCUUUCGCGGAAAAGACAACAGGAAGCCGAAACGGAUACACUUGGUAUGAUGGCCGGGACCUAUGCAUGGCCGAAGGUGGCGACCUUUGGCCGUCCAUCCACAAUGACCGAUACCCACCACCAGGUGUCUUUACCAAGCUGAGUAUAGAUUCCUACUUGUGGACUGGUGUCAAUAGAAUCGAAAAAGUCGGUGAAUGGAAGUUGUCAGAUAGCAGUCGGGAUACAAACAACGUUGGUUCGAAACUCGGACUCAAUGGUCAGAAUAGGAAAUGUGGAGCUAUGCUGCCCGCACGAAUGCCUAGAAAUGCGUCCAAAAUUUUACUGAGAGGUACCAAGGCAUGGAAAAGUAUGAACUGUGGGAAUGAACUGUUCGGAUUCAUUUGCAAACGAAGGAUAGGACAAACCUCACCGAAGACAACACCCUACCCAGCCCUAGCAAACGAUACAAGUACCGGUAGGCAUAGUUGCCCGAGUGAAUGGAGGGACGCCGGUACGAACAGAUGCUACAUGGCAUUUGAAGGGCCUUCGUCGGGAUUAGAUUGGAAGACGGCUGAAAAGACCUGCCUCUCCUUUCCGAAUUAUAAGCCGAAUUUAGCGUGUGCCAACUCGCUGAGGGAGAGAGACGUCCUCACGCGACUGGCAACCGUUCCGACCCCGGCGAGAUUCUGGUUUGGAUUGUUCAAGGAACGUAUGGAUGGACCGUGGAUGUGGGCCGAUAAUACCAGAUUCACGAACGAGACGAACUUCCAUCGCUACAUUAAUCAGAAACUGGACUACGGAGGAGGCGUGAUCGAUAACAGGGCCAACCCUCGAGGAAGCUGGGACGUGUCUUCAGACAGAGAUGGUUUGCGCUCCGUUGUGACCAGGUACAUUUGCCAGGUAGAAAAGGACCACGUUUUUAAAGGGGGACUAUAAUAGGCAGGAGUCGAGCUAAGAGGACAAAUUGGUGUCCUCUGGUGAAUUACAUGUACACGUACAUGUAUGUGCACAGUUCGAGACGUAUAGUUGUGUUCGGAUUCAGUGAUUUAUAUAUCUCGUACCACCCUGAAUAUGCUACACUCCGGACGGCGAGGUUUUUUUACAGGUAGGUUCGUACCACUGUGUACUUUGACAGCCAAGAAAUUUAGUAUUAAAAUAAUUAAGUAAAUGAAAAAAAGCAAUAAAAACAAAAAGUGCAUAAUUUUUGGGGUCCUUUCGAGAUUCGAACUCGCACCAUUUGUCAAUGUGCAUCGCUGAUCUUGUUUACUGACUAACAACACGUGCGUUUCUUACUGGAUGACGUCAGGCGAAGUUACUGAGCUCUGAUUGGCUGUCAAUGUACACAGUGGUACGAACCUACCUGUAAAAAAAAACUCGCUCCCAGGGAGUGAGGAAUAUGCUCGAUAUACUGUGAGAUAAGGAGGAACAAUCGAGACCGAACCUGGCGGCAGCAUGUUGGUUGUGACAUUGUCCUCAUAAGACCGAUAUGGGAUGAAUCAUGCUUGCUUACCAUCAGAUUUAUUCCAUCCUAAAAUGUCUAUAUAUAAAGGCAAAGUACCCAGGUAGGCCUAAUGGGAUAAUUCGAAAUUGGUACAAUCAAACCGAAAUCACAUGGCGUUUGAUAAUUUUCACCUGCCGAAAUUGGUCUUUUAAGGACAAUGUCACAACUAGGAUUCUGGGUUCCAAAAUCAAGAUGGGCGUUUGAGACAAAGUCACAAUCAGCUAUUUAGACAGUAGCAACGGGAUAUCAGACAGCGAUAUGAAUAAAGACAAGCAAAUGCUUUCAUCUAAAUCUCCAUGUACAUUUACACUUGGCCUUCCUGUAGAAAACUGAAGCAAAAGCAUUUGCUAGUCUUUAUUCAUAUCACACAAUGCCCACAUCCUCGUCAAAUCCUGCGGAAGUUGCUUUGGUCUUGACAUACAUGUAUAUGGGUCAGGAUCAUAUUUAGUUAUGCCAUAUAAUGUGUCAUAAUGGGUAAAGGUCUUUUCUGCUUUUAUUCUAUGUUCAUGAUGGAUCUCAUCAAACUAUGGACACACAAUGCCACAAACUAGAAAAAUAUAACUCAACACAGUUAGACUAGAUUGACAGUUAUCUUUAUUUACACACCAUAUAUUGUGUACUUCACUUCUCUGAACGGUAUACAGGUCAUGUACAUGUUAGUUCUAGAAUAACAGAAGUAUGUUGUAAGAACAGAAAAUUUAACAUUUCACUCUGACCAUGUCAAAGACGCACUUCAAAUAUCAAAAGGCCAAGAACGCCUCUGGAAAUGUUUUUGAUCUCAAUAAAUAUACUGUUCAGAAAGCCA